CCCCCCUUCCCCGUCGGUAGCGGCUCCGGCGGGCGCCGCCGCGGCCAUGGACUGAGCGGCACCAUGGGCGCCAAGGAGUCCCGCAUCGGCUUCCUCGGCUACGACGAGGCCCUGCGGAGGGUUACAGACAUAGAACUGAAGAGGCUCAAAGAUGCUUUCAAGAGAACUUGUGGCCUCUCCUAUUAUAUGACCCAGCAGUGCUUCAUCAGGGAAGUCCUGGGUGAUGGGGUCCCUCCCAAAGUGGCUGAGGUUAUCUACUGUUCAUUUGGAGGAAUAUCCAAAGGGCUGCACUUCAAUAACUUGAUAGUUGGAUUAGUUCUGCUCACAAGAGGCAAAGAGGAGGAGAAAACAAAAUACAUUUUCAGCCUCUUCUCUAAUGAAUCUGGGAGUUAUGUUGUCCGUGAGGAGAUGGAGAAGAUGCUGCAUGUGGUUGAUGGGAAAGUCCCAGAGUCACUCAAGAAAUGCUUCUCUGAGGGUGAGAAGGUGAACUACGAGAAGUUCAGGGUUUGGCUGCUGCACAACAAAGACGCGUUCACCUUCUCGCGGUGGCUGCUCUCGGGAGGGGUGUACGUCACCCUCACCGAUGACAGUGACACCCCAACCUUCUACCAGACCCUGGCUGGAGUCACACACUUGGAAGAAUCCGACAUCAUCGACCUGGAGAAGAGAUACUGGCUGCUAAAAGCUCAAUCCAGGACUGGACGCUUCGAUCUGGAAACAUUUGCCCCCCUCGUGUCCCCCCCAAUCCAUCAAUCCCUGAGUGAAGGUUUGUUUAAUGCUUUUGAUGAAAACCGAGACAAUCACAUAGAUUUUAAAGAAAUUUCCUGUGGGCUCUCAGCAUGUUGCAGGGGACCCUUGGCAGAGAGACAGAAGUUUUGCUUCAAGGUGUUUGACGUGGACCGGGACGGGGUCUUGUCUCGCACCGAGAUCAAGGACAUGGUGGUGGCACUUCUAGAGGUGUGGAAGGACAACAGGACGGACAAAAUACCCGAGCUGGACAUGAGUUUGUCUGAAAUCGUGGAAGAUAUUUUACAUGUGCAUGAUAACACAAAGCUCGGACACCUCACCCUGGAGGACUACCAGAUAUGGAGUGUGAAGAGUGCUCUUGCCAAUGAAUUUUUAAAUCUGCUUUUUCAGGUGUGCCACAUAGUUUUGGGACUGCGCCCUGCCACCCCAGAGGAGGAAGGACAGAUUAUUAGAGGCUGGUUGGAAAGAGAGAGCAGGUAUGGCCUCCAGCCAGGGCACAACUGGUUUCUCAUUGCUAUGCCCUGGUGGCACCAGUGGAAAGAAUAUGUCAAAUAUGAUGCAAACCCAGUUGUGGUAGAGCCUUCAUCUGUCUUGAGUGGAGGUAAGAAUCCCCUCGUAGCUGCUGCAGCCAAUGCCCCAGAACAGGGAGAAGACAAAAUGGGAGGUCUUAAUGACUCCAGUGCACCAGAAGAAAAGUUUUCAGAUAAUAUUUCCACUGCCUCAGAAGCCUCAGAGUCCACCAGCAGCAACACUCUGUACCCUGGCACCCCUGGCUCCGAGGUGAGCUUUGCAAGGCAGCACAACACUUCAGACAAUAAUAACCAGUGUUUGCUGGGCUCCAAUGGGAAUUCCCUGCUGCAGCUGAACCCCCAGAAACCAGGAGCUAUCGAUAACCAGCCCCUGGUGACACAGGAGCCAGUCAAGGCUGCAUCAUUAACCAUGGAGGGUGGAAGGUUAAAGAGAUCCCCACAGCUGGUGGAAGGAAAGGAUUACGUGAUGGUGCCAGAACCAGUUUGGAGAGCACUUUACCACUGGUAUGGAGCAAACCUGUCCUUGCCCAGGCCGGUGAUCAAGAACAGCAAGACCAACGUUCCGGAGCUGGAGCUGUUCCCUCGGUACCUGCUGUUCCUGCGGCAGCAGCCGGCCACGCGCACCCAGCAGUCCAACGUCUGGGUCAAUAUGGGUAUGAUGAGCCUCAGAAUGUUCCCUCAGCAUUUGCCCAGAGGGAAUGUCCCCUCCCCAAACGCUCCCUUGAAAAGGGUUUUGGCUUACACGGGCUGCUUCAGUCGCAUGCAGACCAUCAAGGAGAUCCACGAGUACCUGUCCCAGAGGCUGCGCAUAAAGGAGGAGGACAUGCGCCUCUGGCUCUACAACAGUGAGAACUAUCUCACUUUGCUGGAUGAUGAAGACCACAGACUGGAAUACCUUAAAAUCCAAGAUGAGCAGCAUUUAGUAAUAGAAGUUCGGAACAAAGACAUGAGCUGGCCAGAAGAAAUGUCUUUUAUAGCAAACAGCAGUAAAAUAGACAGACACAAAGUUCCUACUGAGAAGGGUGCUACAGGGCUGAGCAAUCUGGGGAACACGUGCUUCAUGAACUCCAGCAUCCAGUGUGUCAGCAACACCCAGCCCCUGACGCGCUACUUCAUCUCAGGGAGGCACCUCUACGAGCUCAACAGGACAAACCCCAUAGGAAUGAAAGGACACAUGGCCAAGUGCUAUGGGGAUUUGGUGCAGGAGCUGUGGAGUGGCACCCAGAAGAACAUAGCCCCCCUAAAGCUGAGGUGGACAAUAGCAAAAUAUGCUCCAAGGUUUAAUGGCUUUCAGCAGCAAGACUCACAGGAGCUCCUGGCUUUUCUCCUGGAUGGGCUCCACGAGGAUCUGAACAGAGUUCAUGACAAGCCAUAUGUGGAGCUGAAGGACAGCGAUGGGCGGCCAGACUGGGAGGUGGCAGCAGAGGCCUGGGAAAACCAUCUGAGAAGAAACAGAUCCAUUGUUGUAGAUUUAUUUCAUGGGCAGCUGAAGUCACAAGUGAAAUGUAAAACUUGUGGGCAUAUAAGUGUUAGGUUUGACCCUUUUAAUUUUUUAUCCUUGCCUUUGCCAAUGGACAGCUACAUGCACCUAGAAAUUACAGUAAUUAAAUUAGAUGGUACCACUCCUGUUCGAUACGGGCUGAGAUUGAACAUGGAUGAGAAGUACACAGGCUUGAAAAAACAGCUGAGUGAACUCUGUGGCCUGAAACCAGAGCAGAUCCUGCUUGCAGAGGUGCACAGCUCCAAUAUAAAGAACUUCCCCCAGGACAACCAGAAGGUGCGGCUGUCGGUGAGCGGCUUCCUGUGCGCCUUUGAGAUCCCCAUCCCGGGCUCCCCCACCUCAGCCUCCAGCCCUGUGCAGACAGAGAUCUCAACAGGACCCUCAGCCAACGGAGUGCCCCCCAUGCUGCUGAACGGGGACGUGCCCAAGGCCAGCCUCAUUCCCAACGGGAUGCCCAGCACGGUGGUGCCGUGCGGGACGGAGCGCAGCCCGCCCGCCUGGGCCCUCAACGGCCACGUGCCCUCGCUGUGUGACAGCCCCUGCACGGGCUACAUCAUCGCCGUGCACAGGAAAAUGAUGAGGACAGAGCUGUAUUUCCUCUCAUCCCAGAAGAACCGGCCCAGUCUCUUUGGAAUGCCCCUGAUCGUGCCCUGCACGGUUCACACACGGAAAAGGGACCUGUAUGAUGCUGUGUGGAUCCAGGUGUCCAGGCUGGCCAGCCCCCUCCCUCCUCAGGAAGCCAGUAACCAUGCCCAGGACUGUGAUGACAGCAUGGGGUAUCAGUACCCCUUCACCCUCAGGGUAGUUCAGAAGGAUGGAAAUUCUUGUGCUUGGUGUCCAUGGUACAGGUUCUGCCGUGGCUGCAAGAUCGAGUGCACAGAGGACAGGGCCUGUGUGGGCAAUGCCUACAUUGCUGUGGACUGGGACCCCACCGCGCUGCACCUGCGCUACCAGACCUCGCAGGAGCGGAUCGUGGAAGAACACGAGAGCGUUGAGCAGAGCCGCCGGGCGCAGGCAGAGCCCAUCAACCUGGACAGCUGCCUGCGAGCCUUCACCAGCGAGGAGGAGCUGGGGGAGGAUGAGAUGUACUACUGCUCCAAGUGCAAGACACACUGCCUGGCCACCAAAAAACUCGACCUGUGGAGACUUCCCCCGAUUUUGAUCAUUCACCUGAAAAGAUUUCAGUUCGUUAACGGCCGCUGGAUAAAAUCCCAGAAAAUUGUUAAAUUUCCCAGAGAAAACUUUGACCCAAGUGCCUUUUUGGUACAAAGGGAUCCGAGUCAUUUCCAAAGGAAGCAGCUCACCCUGCAGGUCGAGAGCCUUCCCGAGGCACGGGCUGGCCAAGGGGACAGCAGGAGGACAGAUGUGCAGGUGACAGGCACAGCUGGAGAAGGGGACACGCUGAACAGGAGCCCAUCCUCCCUAAACACUACUGUCCUCAAUAAUGUCAAAGCAUCUCCAUCCUUGGGGAGGAAGAGUGGAACCAGCUGCCCUUCAAGUAAAAACAGCAGCCCCAACAGCAGCCCAAGGACUUUGGGGAGAGGCAAAGGGCGCCUGCGGCUGCCCCAGCUGGGGAAAAACAAACUGUCCAGCAGCAAGGAGAACCUGGCUGCACACAGGGACAACGGCGCCGAGCACGAGCAGGGGGAUGCUCUGGCUAAAGGCCAGGCCCUGGGGGGCAGCCAGAGCGAGCUGUACCCCGGGCAGGACAGCGAGGGGGCUCUGCCCAACGGGUACCUGUGGGAGCAGAGCUCGCUCAGCAACGGGCAGGGCGACAACCACAGCGAGGACGACACCGCCGACGACCAAAGAGACGACGCCUGGGUCAACCCCAUCUACAACCUUUAUGCAAUCUCGUGCCAUUCAGGAAUUAUGGGAGGGGGUCAUUACGUCACUUAUGCCAAAAACCCGAACAACAAGUGGUACUGCUACAAUGACAGCAGCUGCAAGGAGUUACACCCGGACGAGAUCGACACGGACUCUGCCUACAUUCUGUUCUACGAGCAGCAGGGGGUGGACUACGCCCAGUUCCUGCCCAAGAUCGACGGCAAGAAGAUGGCAGACACGAGCAGCAUGGACGAGGACUUCGAGUCCGACUACAAGAAAUACUGCGUGCUGCAGUGAGCCUGGGCUGCCACCCGCCUGUCCCUGGCGGGGACACAGGACAGCUCGUGCUUGUCGUUGUCCCCUGUGAGCUGAAAGCACAAAAAGAGCCCCCUGGUGAAGCAGUUAAUAUCCAGUAGUAUCGUUUUGUUCUGUUUCCUCACUACAUGCUCGAAACGUUUCUGGUGUUGGGCAUCUGAGACUGCCACUGGCCUUUAAUGGUUUGAGAAAAGCCGACUAGGACCAAAUAAGAGCUAAAUUAAACAUCCAAAUAAGAGCUAAACAGAGUAGUGUAGAGUUUACCAACUGUUCUAACACCCCCCCGAGGCUCUCGUUAGGUUUAAGGUAACGGGGAAAAACAAUUUGUAGUGUUGUCUUUGGACAACAUGAUAUUGCUACCUCCUUUUUCCUGCAGUUUUAUUGCAUUUUAUUGGCAAAACAGGGAAGGCAAGAGAAGGAAAAGUGCUCAGAUGGAAACAAAUUACUGUCAUGGGGAAGAGAAGUUUCCAGUUUUGCCACCACUAAUGUGUGUCAGUUGCUUUCUUUCUGUGUGUUGGGAGCACAACCAAAUCAUCAUUUGAGAAGAGAUUAAUUUCUACACUUGAAUGGUUUAUUCUACUUGUGUUUUCUCCACGUGUUGGCUGUGCAGAUCAACAUGUUUCAGGAAUGGCUUUUCUGCCUGAAGAGUGCUGGCUCAAACUUUUUUGAGCUGCCUCAAGAAGAAACUUCAGGUUGGAGAGAGUAGGUGUGAUUACACUCACGGUGUCUUAAAAUGUGCACAUUGCACAAAACGUUCCCAGCUUUUGGAAGGAGAGAUGCUUGAGCUUUUGUUUCAUGACUGGUGUUGCUUUUGAGAAUUUGCACUUUUGAAAACGCAUCUGAUUCAAUUGAAACCCACAGUUUGUUUGGUUUUUCUGUUGUUGUUGUAAGGGCUCUGGAGUGACUGGCCGUGAAUAUCCACUGUGUAUUUCAAAGGAGGAAGCUGUGGCUGUCAGGUAGCAUUCAUGGAUGGAGGGGGUUUUUUUAUUUGUUUCUUAACUCAGUUUCUUAUUUUCAAAAUUGGUUGCCUUUUCAAAUUAUCGUGUUUGUUUGUUUGUUACAGCAGGUCAUGCAAAUACUUGCAGUUAAGCCAGACUUGCUUUCCAUGCCCUUGCAACAUGCUCUGUAAUUCAAGGGGCUUCUUGUGUGAGGGGAGGUGUGACUGAGUCUUAGCAGAGACUGGAAAAAAAAAGAGGGUUGUUUUUUUUGAGCAGGCAUUUCUUUAAACAUUUUCAGUGUUAAAUUGUUUGCAUAUCUGAACGAAGAUGAAAA